AUGCCCGAGGACCAGGCCGGCGCAGCCAUGGAGGAGGCAUCUCCUUAUUCCUUACUUGAUAUCUGCUUGAAUUUCCUGACUACUCACCUUGAGAAGUUCUGCUCAGCAAGACAAGAUGGAACAUUGUGUCUGCAGGAACCUGGAGUAUUCCCACAGGAGGUGGCUGAUCGGCUACUUCAGACCAUGGCUUUUCAUGGUCUCCUGAAUGAUGCAACUGUAGGUAUUUUUAGGGGCAACCAGAUGCGCUUAAAACGAGCUUGCAUUCGCAAAGCCAAAAUCUCUGCUGUUGCUUUCCGGAAAGCCUUCUGCCACCACAAGUUAGUGGAACUUGAUGCCACAGGUGUGAAUGCUGACAUCACGAUUACAGACAUCAUCAGUGGGCUUGGCAGUAACAAAUGGAUCCAGCAAAAUCUCCAGUGCCUCGUGCUGAACUCAUUAACUCUCUCCCUCGAAGAUCCUUAUGAGCGGUGCUUUAGCCGACUUUCUGGCCUUCGAGCAUUAAGCAUCACCAAUGUUCUCUUUUACAAUGAAGACCUGGCUGAAGUUGCCUCAUUGCCAAGAUUAGAGAGCCUGGAUAUUUCUAACACCUCGAUCACAGACAUCACGGCUCUGCUGGCCUGCAAAGACCGACUCAAGUCUUUAACCAUGCAUCACUUGAAAUGUUUAAAAAUGACAACUACCCAGAUACUGGAUGUUGUUCGAGAACUAAGACACCUGAAUCAUCUUGAUAUUUCAGAUGAUAAACAGUUUACAUCAGACAUAGCUCUUCGAUUACUAGAACAAAAGGACAUCCUGCCCAACCUCGUCUCCUUGGAUGUUUCUGGGAGGAAGCAUGUGACAGACAAAGCUGUUGAAGCUUUUAUUCAGCAACGGCCCAGCAUGCAGUUUGUAGGUUUGCUGGCCACUGAUGCUGGCUACUCUGAAUUCCUCACAGGCGAAGGACAUUUGAAGGUGUCUGGAGAAGCCAAUGAAACUCAGAUUGCAGAAGCAUUGAAGAGAUACAGUGAACGGGCCUUCUUUGUCCGAGAAGCUCUAUUUCACCUUUUUAGCUUGACUCAUGUGAUGGAAAAAACAAAGCCAGAAAUUUUAAAGCUUGUGGUUACUGGGAUGAGAAACCACCCUAUGAAUUUGCCAGUGCAGCUUGCUGCAAGCGCCUGUGUGUUUAAUUUAACCAAGCAGGAUCUUGCUGCAGGAAUGCCUGUCCGACUCCUGGCUGAUGUGACCCAUUUGCUGCUCAAAGCCAUGGAACAUUUUCCCAACCACCAGCAGUUACAGAAGAAUUGCCUCCUUUCACUUUGCAGUGACCGAAUUCUUCAAGAUGUUCCAUUCAACAGGUUUGAAGCAGCCAAGCUUGUCAUGCAGUGGCUCUGCAACCAUGAGGAUCAAAACAUGCAGAGGAUGGCAGUUGCUAUCAUUUCCAUUCUGGCUGCCAAGCUUUCUACAGAACAGACAGCCCAGCUUGGUGCUGAGCUCUUCAUCGUCCGGCAACUUCUUCAAAUAGUGAAGCAGAAAACCAAUCAAAAUUCAGUGGACACUACUUUGAAGUUUACUUUGAGUGCACUUUGGAACCUCACAGAUGAAUCUCCAACCACUUGCAGACACUUUAUUGAAAAUCAAGGGUUAGAACUCUUCAUGAGGGUUCUAGAGUCAUUCCCAACCGAGUCAUCCAUUCAACAGAAAGUCCUAGGACUUUUGAACAAUAUAGCUGAAGUACAAGAAUUGCAUUCUGAAUUAAUGUGGAAGGAUUUUAUAGACCACAUCAGUAGUCUUCUACAUAGUGUUGAAGUGGAAGUCAGUUACUUUGCAGCUGGAAUUAUUGCCCACUUAAUAUCUAGAGGUGAACAAGCUUGGACAUUGAGUCGCAGCCAGAGGAAUUCUCUUUUGGAUGAUCUGCAUUCAGCUAUUUUGAAAUGGCCAACUCCAGAGUGUGAGAUGGUAGCAUACAGGUCCUUUAAUCCAUUUUUCCCGUUACUUGGCUGUUUCACAACACCUGGAGUCCAGCUAUGGGCAGUUUGGGCCAUGCAACAUGUCUGCAGCAAGAAUCCUUCAAGGUACUGCAGCAUGCUGAUUGAGGAAGGAGGGUUGCAGCAUUUAUACAACAUCAAAGAACACGAACAGACUGAUCCCCAUGUCCAACAGAUUGCUGUGGCCAUUCUGGACAGCUUAGAAAAACACAUUGUACGCCAUGGGAGGCCACCUCCCUGUAAAAAGCAGUCCCAGGCCAGACUAAACUGA